GUAUUUUACAGGGUGACUUUCACUUUUACCUGAGUCCUUUUCUAUUAAGGUAUCUUUACUUUUUCUCAAGUAUGACAAUUGAGUACUUUUUCCACCGCGGCCGACAUACGUAUCUCUUCACAUACUGUACCAUGUUGAAAGGGCUCUUGUGUGUAAAUGAUAUUAGAUUUGACAGUAAUGAUUCAAUCUAAUGAAGGUUGUGAUAUAAGGUAAUUUUACCCAUAUCAAUGUAUCUGAUAACUGAUAACUGAUAACUGAUAACUACAGGGUAUACACUGCUUGCAGUAAAUGCGCAUUUUAAAACCCGUUAUCAUUCCUUUGGAGUUCCAGGGGAAGUCAGGUCUACCCUGUACCAACGGGUCAGAGGGCUACCCUGUACCAACGGGUCAGAGGGCUACCCUGUACCAAUGGGUCAGAGGUCUACCCUGUACCAAAGGGUCAGAGGUCUACCCUGUACCAACGGGUCAGAGGUCUACCCUGUACCAACGGGUCAGAGGUCUACCCUGUACCAACGGGUCAGAGGUCUACCCUUUACCAACGGGUCAGAGGUCUACCCUGUACCAGUGGGUCAGAGGUCUACCCUGUACCAGUGGGUCAGAGGUCUAUCCUGUACCAACGGGUCAGAGGUCUACCCUGUUCCAACGGGUCAGAGGUCUACCCUGUACCAACGGGUCAGAGGUCUACCCUGUACCAACGGGUCAGAGGGCUACCCUGUACCAACGGGUCAGAGGUCUACCCUGUACCAAAGGGUCAGAGGUCUACCCUGUACCAACGGGUCAGAGGUCUACCCUGUACCAACGGGUCAGAGGUCUACCCUGUACCAACGGUUCAGAGGUCUACCCUGUACCAACGGGUCAGAGGUCUACCCUGUACCAACGGGUCAGAGGUCUACCCUUUACCAACGGGUCAGAGGUCUACCCUGUAUCAACGGGUCAGAGGUCUACCCUGUACCAACGGGUCAGAGGUCUAGCCUGUCAGAGGUCUACCCUGUACCAGUGGGUCAGAGGUCUAGCCUGUCAGAGGUCUACCCUGUACCAACAGGUCAGAGGUCUACUCUGUACCAACGGGUCAGAGGUCUACCCUUUACCAACGGGUCAGAGGUCUACCCUGUACCAACGGGUCAGAGGUCUACCCUGUACCAAAGGGUCAGAGGUCUACCCUGUACCAAAGGGUCAGAGGUCUACCCUGUACCAACGGGUCAGAGGUCUACCCUGUACCAACGGGUCAGAGGUCUACCCUUUACCAACGGGUCAGAGGUCUACCCUGUACCAGUGGGUCAGAGGUCUAGCCUGUACCAGUGGGUCAGAGAUCUACCCAUUAACAAUGGGUCAGAGGUCUAUCCUGUACCAAUGGGUCAGAGGUUUACCCUGUACCAACGGGUCAGAGGUCUACCCUGUACCAACGGGUCAGAGGUCUACCCUGUACCAACGGGUCAGAGGGCUACCCUGUACCAACGGGUCAGAGGUCUACCCUGUACCAAAGGGUCAGAGGUCUACCCUGUACCAACGGGUCAGAGGUCUACCCUGUACCAACGGGUCAGAGGUCUACCCUGUACCAACGGGUCAGAGGUCUACCCUGUACCAACGGUUCAGAGGUCUACCCUGUACCAACGGUUCAGAGGUCUACCCUGUACCAACGGGUCAGAGGUCUACCCUUUACCAACGGGUCAGAGGUCUACCCCGUAUCAACGGGUCAGAGGUCUACCCUGUACCAACGGGUCAGAGGUCUAGCCUGUCAGAGGUCUACCCUGUACCAGUGGGUCAGAGGUCUAGCCUGUCAGAGGUCUACUCUGUACCAACGGGUCAGAGGUCUACCCUUUACCAACGGGUCAGAGGUCUACCCUGUACCAACGGGUCAGAGGUCUACCCUGUACCAACGGGUCAGAGGUCUACCCUGUACCAACGGGUCAGAGGUCUACCCUGUACCAACGGGUCAGAGGUCUACCCUUUACCAACGGGUCAGAGGUCUACCCUGUACCAAUGGGUCAGAGGUCUACCCUGUACCAACGGGUCAGAGGUCUACCCUGUACCAACGGGUCAGAGGUCUACCCUGUAUGAACGGGUCAGAGGUCUACCCUGUACCAACGGGUCAGAUGACUACCCUGUACCAACGGGUCAGAGGUCUACACUGUACCAAUGGGUCAGAGGUCUAUCCUGUACCAAUGGGUCAGAGGUCUACCCUGUACCAGUGGGUCAGUGGUCUACCCUGUACCAACGGGUCAGAGGUCUACCCUGUACCAACGGGUCAGAUGUCUACCCUUUACCAACGGGUCAGAGGUCUACCCUGUACCAGUGGGUCAGAGGUCUACCCUUUACCAACGGGUCAGAGGUCUACCCUGUACCAACGGGUCAGAGGCCUACCCUGUACCAACGGGUCAGAGAUCUAGCCUGUACCAGUGGGUCAGAGAUCUACCCUUUACCAAUGGGUCAGAGGUAUAUCCUAUACCAGUGGGUCAGAGAUCUACCCUUUACCAGUGGGUCAGAGAUCUACCCUUUACCAGUGGGUCAGAGGUCUACCCCGUAUCAACGGGUCAGAGGUCUACCCUGUACCAACGGGUCAGAGGUCUACCCUGUACCAACGGGUCAGAGGUCUACCCUGUACCAACGGGUCAGAGGUCUACCCUGUACCAACGGGUCAGAGGUCUACCCUGUACCAACGGGUCAGAGGACUACCCUGUACCAAUGGGUCAGAGGUCUACACUGUACCAACGGGUCAGAGGUCUACCCUGUACCAACGGGUCAGAGGUCUACCCUGUACCAACGGGUCAGAUGUCUACCCUGUACCAACGGGUCAGAGGUCUACCCUUUACCAAUGGGUCAGAGAUCUAGCCUGUACCAGUGGGUCAGAGGUCUACCCUUUACCAACGGGUCAGAGGUCUACCCUGUACCAACGGGUCAGAAGUCUACCCUGUACCAACGAGUCAGAGGUCUAGCCUGUACCAGUGGGUCAGAGAUCUACCCUUUACCAAUGGGUCAGAGGUCUAUCCUGUACCAGUGGGUCAGAGAUCGACCCUUUACCAGUGGGUCAGAGGUCUACCCCGUAUCAACGGGUCAGAGGUCUAGCCUGUCAGAGGUCUACCCUGUACCAGUGGGUCAGAGGUCUACCCUUUACCAACGGGUCAGAGGUCUAGCCUGUCAGAGGUCUACCCUGUACCAGUGGGUCAGAGGUCUACCCUUUACCAAUGGGUCAGAGGUCUACCCUGUACCAACGGGUCAGAGGUCUACCAUGUACCAACGGGUCAGAGGUCUAGCCUGUACCAGUGGGUCAGAGACCUACCCUUUACCAGUGGGUCAGAGGUCUAGCCUGUACCAGUGGGUCAGAGGUCUAGCCUGUACCAGUGGGUCAGAGUUCUACCCUGUACCAAUGGGUUCUACCCCUGUUGGGUCUAGCUAAUUUCCUCACAGUUUGUCUUGUUCCAUUGAUUGAAUCAGAAAACCCAAAUAGUCAUGGGAUGGUGGUGGUGCAUCACUGAAAUCUCACAUACAGUCUGGUAGAAUGUAAAUUAUUAUUAUCAUACUUGUAUUAUAUUGGAUUGCAGUGUGUGGGCCUAUUGAGCAGGUUAUGGUUGUCUCCUUCCCAGUUUACAAUAUCAAGGGCACUACACUGUAUAGGACAUAAAAGAUCCUUACCUACGAGGAGAAGUGUUCAUAUGGCCUUUUGAAUGUAGCCAGGACAUCAUGUAGACUGGGUCAUUAGUCCCAAAUGGCACCCUAUUCCCCUUAAUAGUGCGCUACUUUUUUUAUGGGAUCUGGUCAAAACUAGUGCACUGCAUAGGGAAUAGUGUACCGUUUGGGACUCGGACAAUGUCUGUCUGUCAAUCCUGUUUCACUGUCUGGCCACAAACAUCCACAUCCCUUCUUAGUCAUCACCAUCACAGAAUUCACAAAGUAGCUUUUGAACCAUCAAGUGUGCUUCCAUAUUUAAUCAGAACUGAUUGUAUUGUUUCUAUAGCUCUGUCAAACUGCACCCAUUAAAGCAUUUUUCUAUUUGGUUUUCUUCAUGUUCUUUUUUUUUGUUGCAUUGUAUAUAAAACAACAUGAUUGCUGUGAACAGUACACCAUACAGCUGUAACCUGUUGAAACACCAUCUUAAAUGUUCAGUAGUUAAAUCAAUGUCUCUAUUUGAGUGUUGGAGUUGAAGAAUAAACAGUUGGUGUACAUUAAAACACAUCGUCAAUUGAUAUUAAAUAAACGUGGAACUUAUGAAACACGACCAAG